CCUUUUGACAGAUAAUACUGCAUACAGUGUGUCAUGCUUUACUUUAGCUUUGCCAAUCUAAAAUAUUCCAAAUAAUACUAAUUUCUUAUAUAUUAUAAAGCGUAAUGUGAUUUUACAAUAUAUUUUUAACAAUAGAAUUAUUAACUAUCUAUAAAUUUUACAUUGGACAUUAAAAUUUCGAAAAUAAAAUUGAAGUGUCAAGCAGACUUCACGAGCUUUUACGAAGUGUUUUCCCACAUUUCAAAUGAAUUUGAGCGCAAAAUGGAAAUUAAUUUUGUCGAUCCUCCUAACCGUCAGAUGAAUUCAGCCUUUUCACCGGCGACAUGUCCUUCAAUGUACAAAGACACCCUCUUCAUGGACUUCUCCGGCGAUGGGCACUUUCUUGUUGGCAGUACGGACGUUACAGCAACCUUCUGGCAGGGCUUCCAAGUAUUCGCAAGUUUCGACGAUUAUAACAGCGCUAAACACGAAUCCUUCUACAACAGUCCCAUUAUCUUUGAUGGUAAAUUUUUACCAAACAAUAGACAAAUUAUCUCUGAAAGUGAGUCCAAACUGAAAAUUCUAUCUCAGGCUGAAGUAAAGAAUGAUAACAAUGAAGCCUGCUUGCAAAUAGAAGAUUGUGUUGAGCAUAGUGAAGUAAUUAAACAAAUAUCCCUAUGGAAAGAUGAGAAUAAAGUUCUCACUGCUUCAGAUAAUCAUAUCUCACAGUGGGAUAUCAGUAGUAAUCUUAAACAAGUUUGGGACUUCACAGAUUAUCACACUAAUGUAAUUACUGGGGUGGACACAAAGAGUAGUGAUAAAAAUCUGUUUGUCUCUGUGGGAAGAGACAGGAGAGCUUGCCUCUGGGAUGUGAGGACUGAAGGAGUUGCAAUUGAAUUAUUUAAAAAUGAAUUCUGUAGUUUGACUUGUGUGGCUUGGAGUUCAGUGGAUGAGAAUACUGUGAUUGUUGGCUCACAAGCUGGAAGUAUGUACAUGUUGGAUGUGAAGAUGCCUCAGGAUUUUGUUACUUUUCAGAACUGUCACAAGAAAAAUAUUCACAAAAUACAGUUUGAGCAGGAGUCAAAUCUGCUGGCUGUUGUUGGUGAUACAAAUGAACUGCAGGUUUACAAUUGUAAAGGAAACGAAUUUAAUUUGAGUUAUAAAUGUGUUGAUAAGCAUAGGGAUUUCUUAAGAGAUGCUAAAUGGUUCAAUAGAGUAUUGUAUACUUGUGGCCUGCAGAGCUGUGUGAUUAAACAUUCCUUUUAAUGUU